CGACCUCCCCGCGCUCCGACAAAGGUGCCUGGGACCGGGAGCAGCGAGUGACAGCGAGGCGCUGCUUGGAAGAAAAUGAAAGCAAUGCCCUGGAAGGAGCUGCCAUCCACAGCUGGAAGGGAAAAAGUGCCUGCACAAAGUCUGGAAGCGGAGGAGGAGCUGGAAGGGCAGAACCUGCGCCAUGACUGAGCAGAAGUGCUCAGACCUUGGUGACUCAACUGCCUCACUGUGCUUCAAGCACUCGAAACAGGAGAAGAAAAACCCAAAUUCUGAGGCUCUGAGCAUCCGUUUCCUGAGCGUUUGCUGGGUUUUGUGCACGGUGCUGUGUCCUUGAGGUGGAGUCCAGUCAGAGGCAUGGUGCUGAGAUCCCUGGAUCCUUGGAGCAGGACCCUGGCUGGAGAUCAGCAAGGAAGAUGCUCCAGGACUCACGGAACAGAUCCUGAGCGGCACCAGCAGAUCCCGACCAUGAUCCCGGUCCCGAUCAGCGCCUUGUGCAUGAGACCUUUGAAAUGGAUUUUCCUCUUGCUGCUGGUGUUUUCCCUGGUAACCAUUACGUGGUACAUAACCUUCUCCUCCAGGGCUGUCCUGGAGAACGUGAACCCUCUGUACUUCUACGAGUACGAGCCCAUGUACCGGCAGCCACGGCCGUUCACGCUGCGCGAGCGCCCCACGUGCGCCGACCUCCGCCCCUUCCUGGUCAUCCUGGUGGCUUCCAGCCCCAGGGACCUGAAAGCCAGGCAGGCCAUCAGGAUCACGUGGGGCUCCCGGGACUCCUGGUGGGGCCAGCACGUCCUGACGCUGUUCCUGCUGGGGCAGGACACGCAGAGGGAGGACAGGGCGGCGGCGCUGGCGGUGGAGGACGAGAGCAUCCUCUACGGGGACAUCAUCCGCCAGGACUUCAUGGACACUUAUGACAACCUCACCCUGAAGACCAUCAUGGCCUUCCAGUGGUUCUCCGAGUUCUGUUCCAGCGCCAGGUUCUUCAUGAAGACCGACGCCGAUGUCUUCAUCAACACUCCCAACCUGGUGCAGCUCCUGCUGCAGCUGAACUCCUCGGAGAACGUCUUCACCGGGUACCCCCUCAUCGAUAACUUCGCCUACCGAGGCUUCGACAGGAAAAGGUUCAUCUCCUACCAGGAAUAUCCCUUCAAGCUCUAUCCUCCCUACUGCAGCGGCCUGGGAUACAUCCUGGAUGGAAAACUGGCCCUGAGGACUUACGAGCUGAUGGGCCACGUGAAACCUCUGAAAUUUGAGGAUGUUUACGUGGGGAUUUGCUUAAAUAUACUCAAAGUCAACAUCACUCUUCCACGAGAUGCAGAACAAUUCUUUCUCUAUAAAAUCGACUUUGAUAUCUGUAAGUACAGACGUUUGAUUGCAGUUCACGGCCUUACAUCAAAUGAACUGAUCCAGUUUUGGCAGGAUUUGUCAUCCAACACUUCAGAAACUUGCCUUUGAUUGUGGAUUUAUUUAGAAACUUCAGUUUGCUGUAAAAGUGGCCUCUAGAGAUGACUCUGACUGCUGGGGCAGCGUUUCUCUAGGGCAUUCCAGUGCUUUUCAACAAAACCAGGGAUUCACAAAACAUUUUUCCAGGUGUGUUUCCCACACCCAGAGGGUGCCUUGGAAUGCUCUGUCCCAUCUGCCUCUGCUGCCUUUCCAUGUCCUCGGGGCCGCCCUGGGAUUUCCCCCUGAAUCUUCUGGAAUGUACAAAAUGCCAUUGAGGAAAGAUGUUCCUGCCAAGAGAGCAGCUCGGAGGACAGGAUGCUUCCCGAAUUCCUGCCUGGAUUGUUUUUAUUGUUUUAUUGCCACUCUCCUUUAUUUGUUCUCUGCCCAGCACAGAAUUUAACCCAACCCAACCUUGUUUUCUGUGUAAACCUCCUGAGACUGUCACACCUUGUUAUUUAAAUGUCUCAUCUCCACAAUGCUCCCAGGAGUGUUCCCAGCCUGGGGAUCCCAUGGGAUCUGCAGGAGCUGGUGAGAAAUGCUGGAAAUGUGAUGCACUUUGUUGUGUGCAUAUUAAAUGGAGAGACUUUGGUGUCUCUGCUGGUGUUCCCAGACCAGGGAGAUGGAGCUCACGAUCAAUUUGGACAUCCCAAAACCACUGGGAUCAUCAAUCCCCCCACCCCUGUGUGUGUGUGUGUGUGUGUGUGGGUGCAUCCCAGGACUUUUGGAAGCCUGUGGGGAAGAUGAAAAACCAUUUUUGUUGAGCCUGUUUCUUUAUGAUUUUUUUAAUGCCUAUUUCUAGAUGAGUUUUUUUUUAUUCCAGUUUGAAAAUGCAAAAAAAAAGAAGAAAUCCGCCCAUUGCUACUUUAAAGAAGACCAACU